AUGACGCAGAUUUGGCCGCCGUCUCCAUGCGUGGAGGACGAAGAAGUGGCAUUAUCGAAGGAACACAUAUCUGGCAUCACUCUACAUCAAGUCAAAAGCGAGAAUCAACCUGCAAGCAGUAGGGGUUCGGUGGAUCAAUAUCCUAUCAUCCUCGACACCCAGGCGCCGGGCCAGUCCUGCCCCUCCAAGGAGAAUGAGCUGGCGUCAGAUGGGAUAUGUCCAGAUGCUCAACAAGAAGCAGCUGUUAACACCGAGAAAAGAUUUGUCAUCGUGCCCUCUCAGCCCUCUGAAUCUGAGGCUGAAACGUGCCUCCAAACCGAGCCAUUGCAGCGAUCUAAAUCAACAACUCAGCUCCCAGAGCAAGCUGUACCGAGGGACAGACCUCAUGUCACAAGGAUACACACAGAUCUAGGGCCAGGCCUAGAGGGCAUUCGGACAGGUCACCGCCGUGCUGCUUCUCCCUACGCGCAUACCCCUGCGGGUUUGGCGGACACUCUUGCUCCGGACACUAAACGUAAAAGUACGUUGCUGUCGCCAAUGCAUCCCCAUGAGCCAAGAAGGUCGGCGUCUGUACAUCCUAAAACAGGAGGAUUCGACCGAGAAAGCAGCGACUCUGAUCGAAAGUCAAAGACGAGGAGGAGAACAGAACGGAGCCGAAGUCGGGCUGCAAGGGAAAGCUUUUCCCACUCAGAUAGGUCGGAAUCUGAAAAGGUCAAGCCAUCGAAACUCGGUUCGAGGAACGGAAGCCCCGAAGGCACAUUCAGUCGGCGCGCUCAUCGAUAUCGCAGCCCGGCUCCGUCUCAAGGAGGUUUUACCGGCUAUACAUACACUGGUCAAGACCACAUCACACCCCCUCAGACCCCCAAGCUGAACAAUGACUCCACACGGUCAUCUGCAAUUGACAACGCCACUGUCGCUGAGCAGCCAAGCAACCGUCAGACAUCGUCAAGGAUGACUGUGGAUUCUCCGUACAACUCUUCCGCUGAAGAAGGUCAUAGCCGUCGCCCACGUCCAGUUGAUGAAAGAAAGGCUGAUAAAGGAGGUCGGUCGAGACGAAAUUCGCGAAAUUGUAGCGACAAGGAUGAGAGGCCAACACUAACCCGCACCCGAUCUCGGCGUCAUGACAUGUCAACCAAAGACGAGUCCAAUCAAGAGCAAUAUCCCUUAGGUCAACGACCCUAUCGUGAGGGUCAGCCAGCGCUCUCUGCCCGAACAACAUCGGGCAUGGAGGAUGUUCUUGAAAGGGCCUUUACAGCGAAUAGAAACAAACAAUUCAGCAAUGGAGACAGCCAUUCUCGCCAUGAUUCUCCGCGAGGCUCUCCAGCACCCAGUCCUCCACAGACACCCAGGGCCGGAGACCGAUCGCCCGGAGGCUAUUUCGAACCGCCUCACAACGCGUCAAGAUCAUCAAAGCAACGGUCUCGUCCGCAGUCAAUUGAUGACACCCAUUUCAAAGACAUUAAAAAUGUCACAUCCCUCCUGGGAGCCGCGACAUUGGGUGCUUCCCUGGCGGCCAAGGCGAUCCCUGCCCUGUCUCGGUCAAACACUUCCCAGUCGCUGGAGACGCAUAGCAGCAGCUCUCAGAGCAGGCCAGGCAGCGGUCAGCGCUCAAGAAAACCUUCCCCUGUUACUGAAGAGUCCCAACCAGCGUAUCAGGGUCUUUCUCGGACAAAUUCUAUGGCAGGUCCAAAUGAUGGCCUGAAUACACGGACAACGACCUACGUGGUAAAUGAAGAACGUCCGGCGCCGAAGAGUGCGCUGUACGCACCGGCGCCACCCGAGCCGCCUCGUACGGCAUCGAGAUCAUCCUCUUAUUCCCAUUCUCCUGAGCUUCGCCCUCCAGCCCCCUUCAGGGCCUUCUCAAGCAUACCUGCUCAGGGGCUCCAGCAGCAACAUCUCUUCCCUGCCCAACCGGCGCUGACGUCAAGCCCAAUGAAUCUGGAGCCUCCGACAAUGUUGUCCAAUAGCGCACCUAGACCAAACUCAUUGCCUCCGUGUCCGCGGUCGAGACCGAUUGCUGGACACCAUGAUUGGUACACAAUCCGAGAUAUGCCCUUCCUGGAUUUUUGCCCUUCUUGCAUGAGUUUUCUGGGUGCCACUCGCUUUCGCGACUACUUUAUCCCGAGUCUACCGAAAGAAGCCCGCCGACCAACUGCUUGUGCAAUGAGCUUCCCAUGGCUACGAGUUGCUUGGUUGCAAUCAAUACGACAAGACCGAAAAGAUCUUUCGCUCGUCUGGCAAAUAGCCAACGGCCCGCCAGCGGGGACAAAGCCAUGCGCUGGCACUAAAGUCGAUAUGAGAAGAUGGUAUCAUCUGACCGAUCCUCGAACGAAAAAGCCGGUGGACAAUUUCGACAUAUGCUCCGCCUGCGUAAGGAAUAUUGAUCUGAUCUUCCCCACGCUUCAAUUUUGUGUAUUUGAUCGACCGCAGGAGAAGAAAGAGCAAGAGAAGAUAUGCAAUCUGAACACAACCAGCCGUCAUUUCUUGCCCGUCUUGAAUGAGCUAGAGCGACUGGCUGAGCGCUCGAAGGAGACCGUGCGGCACAGGGACUUUCAGGAGUUCGUGGAUUUUAUUCGCCGCAUUUCACGCAACCGGCAUUGUGUGAAGGAUACCUUACUGGCAACCCAGUCUUGGCACUAUAUCUCUGAUCUUCCAGAGUUUACAAUCUGUGAGGAGUGCUAUGAGGAAGUUGUGUGGCCUCUCAGAGAUCGACCCAUUGCACGAGACGUCUCCAAGACGCUCAAACUUGUGCCUGUCUUGCGCAAAAACUCUUCACUUCGUGGAACAAGUUGCCAGCUUUACAGUGAUCGCAUGAGAAGAGUGUUUUAUGAUGCGGUGAACCGAAAUGAUUAUGAGAGCUUGAAGUUGGCGGCUAAAUACCGCUUUAACAUGGAGCAUCGGCUGCAGGAGAUGCACAAACUGUACGAAAUGGAUUUACAAGCCGGUAUCGAUCGGAGAGCAGAGAUGGAGAAGAAUAUCUCCAUUUGGAAGUCUAUUGAAUGA